GCAGCGCAGCGGCCGUCCUCCGGAUUCCUCCCCACUCCCAGAGCCUCUGUCUCGGCGGCUCCAGGCGGUCCGGCCGGGUCUGCGACCCAGUGGGAUGUUAGUGAGUCCGGGUUCUGCUCGGGGCUUUUCUGGACCGAACCGAGACCAGGCGCGUCUCCGCGGCUCUUCACCGCCAUCCUCAUCCUCAUCCUCAUCUUCGGCUGCAGAGGUGUGAAACGUCAUGACUGGAGCUGAGACUGAGGAUGAUAUUCCUCUAGGAGAGCGGAAAACCGUCACCGACUUCUGCUACCUGCUGGAUAAAUCCAAGCAGCUGUUCAAUGGGCUCAGAGACCUUCCUCAGUACGGACACAAGCAGUGGCAGUCGUACUUCGGCCGGACCUUCGACGUCUACACCAAGCUGUGGAAGUUCCAGCAGCAGCACAGGCAGGUUCUGGAUACGAGGUACGGCUUGAAGAGAUGGCAGAUCGGAGAGGUCGCCUCCAAGAUCGGGCAGCUCUACUACCACUACUACCUCCGGACCUCAGAGACCAGCUACCUGAACGAAGCCUUCUCCUUCUACUCGGCCAUCCGCCAGCGCUCCUACUACUACCAGGUCAACAAGGAGGACAGGCCUGAACUGGUGGUGAAGAAGCUCCGCUACUACGCUCGCUACAUCGUCGUCUUACUGCUCAACAAGAUGGACCUAGUUAAAGUUCUGGUGAAGGAGUUAUCGGAGGAGAUCGAAGACUACACCCAGCGCUUCAACACGGAGGACCAGCUGGAGUGGAACCUGGUUCUGCAGGAAGUGGCAGCUUUCAUCGAGGCCGACCCGGCCGUGGUUCUGAACGACAACAACUCGGUGUUGGUGACCAGCAACCGGCUGCAGGACGGCAGCGUUCCCCCGCUGGAGCAGGGCAUGGUGGUCGGCCAGCUGGUCCUCGCCGACGCCCUGAUCGUUGGCAACUGCAACAACCAGGUGAAGUUCAGUGAGUUGACCGUCGACAUGUUCCGGAUGCUGCAGGCUCUGGAGAGGGAACCCGUCAACCUGGCAACGCAGACGGCCAAACAGGCAACGCUGGAGCCCAGUGAGAAACCAGCCAAGAGAGAAAACCCCCAUAAGUACCUGCUGUACAAGCCGACCUUCAGCCAGCUCUACACAUUCCUGUCGGCUUCCUUCAAGGAGCUUCCUGCCAACAGCGUCCUGCUGGUGUAUUUAUCAGCUACUGGCGUUUUCCCAGCAACACAUCUAGACUACGAAGGUCCGUAUGACUUCGGCGGCGUUCUGACCAACACCAACAGGGACGUGGUGAACGGGGAGACGGUCCAGAAGAGGAACCAGGCCCAGAAAGAGAUGCACUGCCUUCAUCCUGGAGAUCUGUUUCCUUUCACCCGGAAGCCGCUCUUCAUCAUCGUGGAUUCCUCAAACAGCACCGCCUAUAAGAACUUCUCCAACCUGUUCGGCCAGCCGCUUGUGUGCCUGCUCUCCCCGACCGUUUACCCAAAGAGCGUCCAGGAUCAGUCUCAGCGCGGCAGCCUCUUCACGCUCUUCCUCUACUCUCCUCUGCUGGGCUUCUCCUCCGUCUGCGGCCUGAGCAGCGUGCGGCGCGGCCUGUGGGAGCGCGCGCAGGACUUCCUUCGGAAGGUGUUCCGGGACAUCGGCCAGAUGCUGACCCGAUCCCGGAGCAUCGAUCAGGCCUUCCUGCAGUUCUUCGGGGACGAGUUCCUGCGGCUGCUCCUGAUCCGGUUCGUGUUCUGCUCGGCGACGCUGAGGCUACAUAAGCUGUUCCGGGAAUCCCGGAGCUUCCCGGAGUCGUACCCGGAGCUGCCGAAGCCGGACACGGUGGAGAGCGUGCUGCUGCAGAAGCAGGUGCUGGAGCUGGCCGCCAUGCUGGACGUUCAGAGCUUAUUCUGGGACGAUUCGCUGGAGAGCUACUAGCGUCUCCGCACCGGACUCCACCAGAACCAGAACCAGAGCAAACAUUGACAGUGGGUUGUUCAUAUUUAUUUAUUGUUGCCAUGGGUUACGCUGAGGUACCUGGAGGUUGGAUUAUCAGCCGAGAUGCGUUCAUGUUCGCUCUGUUUAUUAUUUUAACCAGAUCAUCUGGUUCCUCUGUGGGCCUCAGAGUUUCUCUUAUUGCUGUGAGUUUAAUCCAUGUCAUCAGCUCUU